AUGAAAAAUAUGCCAUUAAAAUAUUGUGCAAGAUUUUUAAAUGAGACUGACUGUUAUUAUUUUGCUUGUAUCGAUUCGAAAUAUCAGUGUGGUAAAGAAAAUAUUCUUGUUGAAUUUUCAUACUGGUUGUGUGAAGCAACUCUUAAACGUACGUACAAUUUCUUAUCAAAAUUUGGAAAAAAAUGGGUUCACGCAGCACAACAUUGUAUUAUGCAUAAACUUAAUCACGCUUUACAUAAUAAUACAAUUUCGUUCACUUGUUCAACAUUGGACAAAAUUGUCUACAAUUUUUAUCCUGAUUGCUUAUUUCAACCGGAUAUCACCAUAUCGAUACCCUCAUUUUGUAACGUUGUUUGUGAUGAUUUAGAAAUAUUUAUAGCAAUUUUUGACGAAUGGGACUUAAAAGGUUUAAACAUUAAACGUUUACUAUUGGAAGUUAGUAGACUUUGUUUAGCGCAAACCGAAAAUAUUUUAGAUAUUGAUGAAGCAACUAUACCGUCCUUGCUCUGGUCCAUUUGUUUGGAUGGUCAUGAGGUUAAACUCAAACGUGAUCUUAGCAAACUUAUGAUUAAACUAGAAAGACCGCUGCCUAUAUUUGGUAAAUCGGUUGAAGAAGAGUAA